CCUGUCGUUGUUAUCAGUGUUCUCGCUGGCCUAAGUUCCGUCGCCCAAAUUCUCGAGAGCAUCAAGCGCUUUGCCGCGGUAGACGAUGUCUUCUCCAAGUCCUUUGCAACCACCCUGGUGCUUAAGUCCGAUCCUACCUUCAACAAUGCCGAUCUUUCUGCAAAACUCAGAUCAUCUGCACUUUUGUCCGCUGUGUACUAUUCACACCCAAAAUCACAUGUUGAGGUUCUUCCAUCUGGCCCAUAUUUUCUUUACGGCGGUGGCAUCCAUCAAGCGUGGCGCUUGUACGAAGAUGAGCUUGAUAGCUUCAUUUUUUCCGUGGUUCCUGACGAUGUGUUGAAGCCGAAGCGGCAAGUACUCCGCUACACUGUCCUCGAAUCCUUCGGCUCGAGUGGCACAUGGAGAAACAUUGCAGAACCGAGUCAGGAGAAGCCCCUCGCGGGAGCUCGGAUGGGUGUGAAGGAUAUAUUCCGAUUGGAGGGCGUCAAGCUGACCAUGAUGAGCAGACCAUGGAUAGAGCUCUACGGCCCCGAUGAGGAGAGUGCGGAUUAUGUUAAGAAGCUCAUCAGCCUGGGCGCAGUCAUCGUAGGCAAGACAAAAAUGGCCUCUUUUGCUUCGCCAGAGGAGCCAACAGAUCAGUGGAUUGACUUCCAUUGCCCUGUGAACCCUCGACGUGACAGGUAUCAGAGACCUUCGAGUAGCUCAACGGGUGCUGGUGUCGCCUUGGCAGGCUACCCCUGGCUGGACUAUUCGAUCGGCGGAGACUCGGCCGGAAGCGUGAGAGCUCCGGCUCCAUGCAGCGGCCUAUUUUCUCUUCGGCUGAGCUUCAACUCGACAUCUAUGAGAGGCAUUCCCGCUAAUUUGUCUAAAUUUGAUGUAGUCGGGCAACUUAGUCGCGAUCUGGACGAUCUUCAUCAUACUGUCGCCCACACAUUCGAUCUGAACGACAACUCAACACAGUUCCCAUCCAAAAUUCUUUAUGCCCAGGAAUUUUACCCACUCGUGAAUGAAAAGCAGCAGGCUAUGACCGAAGAAUUUAUAUCCAUUCUUGAGGGCUUUCUCGGCGUGAAACGAACACUAUUCAGCAUGACGGAGACGUGGGAUCGGUCUCCUCUAAAGGAAGCAGAGGGAAAAUCAUUACUAGAGUAUCUCGAAAAGACAGACGUGCGUAGGAGCAUUCUAACUGGCUGCCACAUGGCUUCGACCAAUUCCGCGACGAUUACAAAGAAGUUUGGCAAGGAAGCUUAUGUUGGACCCGUCGUCCGUUUUCGAUGGAAUGUCGGGAAAGGCAUUUCUCGGGACGAGUAUGAGACGUACUUAGACCACCUAGCGGUGUUCAGAAACUGGUUUGGACAACACCUGAUGUCACACGACCCGCAAACGCUCUCCAAUGCUAUUUUGAUCAUGUCGUACGGUAUGCCAGAUCCGGAAUACCGAGACGAACCGAAUCUCCCUGCCGGGACGUUCAUAUCAUUGCGGAAAAAUUCAUCUCCAGUCUUUCAUGCCCCCCAGCUAGUGCUACCGUUUGCUCAAAUGCCAUAUCACUCCAAAAUCAGCGGCCGAGACGAGGUGCGACCAAUCGCUAGCACCAUGAUAGGAGCAAAAGGUACUGAUCUCAUGCUUAUUAAGCUCACAAAGGCGGCAUUCAAGAAGGCAUCUUGGCCGAUUACAAUCAACAUUGGUCGUUUGAUGUACCCACUAGCGGACAAUUUACGAAACGUAGCACCAUCGAGCGAAAAUUCGGCGAAUACAUAUGCUGCCGUUCGCCAGGCAGUCAACGCAGUCAAAGAGCUUGAAACACCCCUAAUGGAGCUGUCGACUGAAGAGGUUGGGCGCUCAUGCGUUGUGGUCUGA